AUGCUCGAGUACGAGGUGCUGACCUGGUCAACUUCGUUCACCGUUGUAGCACGACCGUUCCUUCCAAGCAGGACAUCCUCGUCCCCGAGACUUUGCUCAAGGUACGUGUGUGUGUGUGUGUGUGUGCAUUGUUACGACUCGCGGGCCCGGCGAGGGGCGGCAUUCAGCCUGGGCCAGCCAGCCGGCACUCCGCGAAUGGUUGGGUCGGUUCGGUUCGGUGCGGCGCACGCGCGGCACGCACUUUUUUUGCCCGGCCGGUUCGAUCCCAUUCCGCGCAACGCCCAACGCCCAACGCCCAACGCCCAACGCCCAACGCCCAACGCAGUCCUUCGCUUGCCUGGAACAAGAUAUGAUGCUGAUUAUAUGAAUUUGGGUUGACCCCGUUUACAGAAGCGAAAGUCGACCGAGAAGUCGCGUGAGGAGAAGAAGAACGCCGCUCUUGAGGCCCGCAAGGUGAGGCAGCCUACACCUAUACUCCGCACGCGCCAUUACGAGGACGGACAAUCGACUUUGACUUCGACACCGAACUGGGAAUAG